CGCUCCUCCUAGCAAUAUUUCCUACACUUAUCCAUUGCAUUGAGUAUAUCGGAGUGCUGCUUCAUACUCUCCACGCUCAACCUUGCACUUACAAGGCACCAUUGUAUGUUCCGUGCUGCACUCCCCAGGCGGAACCCUAUCCCCGCAUUAUUUCGGUACUAUAGUAGAUCCGCCAAGAUGUCAUUGAAGGCCAUCUCAUCAAAAGAUGCCGCAUCUCUUGAUAAAGACCUCAUGGAAAUAGGUGGCUGGUCAUUGGACCAGUUAAUGGAACUAGCGGGCCUCUCUGUCUCUCAAGCAGUCUACCGCAUUCAUCCACCAAGCUCGGGUAAGGAUGUUUUGGUUAUCUGUGGCCCAGGAAACAACGGAGGCGAUGGCCUAGUAGCCGCACGCCAUCUAGCUCACUAUGGGUACAAACCCUCAGUUUACUAUCCAAAGCAGGGCAAGAAUGAGCUCUACCAGCGUCUCAAAACGCAACUCGAGAACCUCUCCGUCCCAUUCAUCUCCGACCUCCCCGUAGCCAUCAAAUCCGCCGACUUCCUCGUCGACGCCAUCUUCGGCUUCUCAUUCGGCGGACCCCUCCGCGAACCCUUCCCAACCAUCAUCUCCCAAAUCGAAACAGCCAGUAUCCCCGUUCUGAGCGUCGAUGCGCCCAGUUCCUGGGACAUUGAGAGCGGGCCACCCAAGGAAGGCCCGGGAUCGAAGUUCAUGCCGGAGGCGCUCAUUAGUCUGACUGCGCCGAAGCCAUGCGUGAAGUAUUACAAGGGACGGCAUUUCCUGGGUGGACGGUUCCUGACGAAGAGUAUUGCGGAUAAAUAUAAAUUGGAUCUGCCGGAGUAUCCGGGUAUCGAGCAGAUUGUCGAGGUGGGGGUGGAUGCUGAGGGAAAGCUUUGAAGGCUGGAGCGGGUGAUUCAUGAAUAAAUUGGCCUAUCUGCAAGGCUUAGGUACAUAGUAGAUGAAGGUCAGAAUAAUAGUGAGUUUAC